AUGGCACUGUGGGAUGUUGUGAAGCCGCAACUCCCCAAUGACUGUUUCCGCGUGGCCGCGCCACAAAGCGAUGAGGAAUCCAAUCUGGGUUCAAUCAGUGACUCUGUGUCAGAGACUUCUCAUGAGGUGGAACUGAGCGAGACAAGCUCGUCCGAGACUGAAGAUGAGUACAUGGAGUCAGCGACGACGACUGCUGGCUGCGACCAUAAGCAGAUCGCAGAUGCAGCACGCAAUGAGGUACUGAUGGCCCAGCGGACGAAGAAGGAGAAGGACAAAGCCAUGAACUACAUUGAGGCGGCUGCGCCGGACCUCAUUGUCUUGGCCUGGCCAUGCCUGGCCGUGUGGCCCUUGGAGCCCUCUUCAGGCUUUGAAUCAGAAGACUCCCAUGCAGCGCCGAGCCCUGCAGAUGAAACGUCGGCAGGUGCAGUAGUAGGAGAAAACCUGGCACCAUCCAAAGCGUGGGAACAAGAGGAGAUUCAAGAGGCCUUCAUGGGCUUGGAACACAAAGUGAUGGAUCAGUGCCGGUACGGCCUACGACAUCCAAUCACCAAAAUACCGAUGAGAAAAAGGACCCGGCUUGCAGGCCAGAAAGAGGUCCUCAAAUAUAUGGACAAGAAGUGUGGCCGAGACCACCAGCAUCACCCCAUUGAAGGCAGUUUCAAGGGUGAAGAUGGAAAGUGGCACUCACUCAGUGCCUGGGCAGGUGGCUAUCCUGUCGAGUUUUGCAAGAACAUCCUGAUGGGCGCGGAGGAGUUUCUGAUCUCCAAUAAGGCCUAUGUAGAGGAUGCCGGAGAAACGGUGCCAGAUGUUGCUGAUGGCAUCGAUGCAAUGGACGAAGAAGAGCGCAUCAAAGAGCUUGAGGAAGAGAAAGUCCCAGAGGUGGAUGAAGCUGAAGAACAGGGACUGGAAGAAGAGCAGAGGCAUCCAGUCCCCAAGGAGGUGCAGAAGGCUGUGAUCUUCGCGCACCGGCAGUUGGGCCAUCCUUCGCGCAGCACUUUGCUGCGGAUGCUCAAGCUGUCAGGAGCAAAUGAGGAUGCCCUGCGGUUUGCCAAAACGUGGAAGUGUGACGUGUGUGCCAUGCGUCAACCACCAAAACACCCACGUGCAGCGGCGGGCAGCAUCCGCCCGUAUGGGUUCAACUUGCAUGUGCACGUGGAUGUGAAGUAUCUGCUGGAUGCCCGGGACAAGAAAUAUCCAGCUCUGAGCAUUGUGGACGUUGGGACACUGAAACAUGACUGCCAUCUCCUCAAGACUCGCCGCAGUGAAUACACGGCAAAGAAGUUCCUGAAGAGGUGGGUCACAGUCUAUGGCCCUCCCAAAGCCGUGACUCAUGACCAAGGUGGAGAGUUUGAGUUGGCUUGGGUCCAAUUGAUGGAAGACCUGGCCAUUCCAACGGAUGUGACAUCAGCUCAUGCACCUUGGCAGCUCGGUAUUGGCGAACGCCAUGGAGGAAUCCUUGGAUCAAUGGUCCAAGCAAUAGUGGACGAGCAUGGGUGCGAAGGUUUCUCGGCCCUCCAAGAAGCGGUGGCGGUGAGCCGAGCUCACAAAAUGAGGAUCACUGCAAAGGUGGCGCUGGUGCAGCAGGAUGUGAGGGAUAAGGAACACGUGUGUACUUCAUUGUACUUCUGGGUGCCGUCCACGACAAAAGGGAGGUACCGACCAGGAGGACUCUGGCGUGGCCCAUCCACAAUCAUCACCAAAGAGCGAGGCAAGCGCUAUUUCGCUUCAUGGCGCGGACGCCUGCUCCUCUUGGCAGAGGAGAACCUCCAACUGGCCACACGUGAGGAGUCAGCCCUUACAGAGGAGGUGCGAGACGAAAUGGUCGACCUUGGAGAUGUUUUGAGAGACCCAGCGAGGUCAAACAUCUACGAGGAUCUGAGGCCAAAACCUCCACCUCCGAGGCAGCGCCCUCCAAGGAGGAAACGAGAAGGGCCGGCAGCGCCAGAGCCCGAAGUUCGGAAACGAGCAAGGCUGAUGCUCAGGGGAAGCAAGGCCAUUCGAGGUCUUAUGCAGAAAUAUGCGAAGAUGACAGGGAUGCCAAGACAACCGGCAGUUGCCCCAAGGGCUCCAAAGAGAAAAAGGAUCUUGGAUGGUCCUGCUGAGGAACCAGCGGCGCUGGAACAUCAGGAAGUUGCUGAAAAUCCUGCCAUUGAGGAUGGAGAGGCAGCUGACGAUGAUCCUGUUGAUGGCGAUGUUGGAUCAGGGGGCUACACACCUGGGACCCCUGUAGAGGAAGAUCCUCCAGAGGAGGCUGAGCUGCCAGAGCAGAUGCCUGAGGCAGUGCCUCCGGAAGAAGAGGCUGCGCCUCCGUCCGAAAAUCCGCCAAUGCCGGCGGCGCCGGAAGGAACAGGAUUACAGCAGGAUUGGAACAGAGCACUUCGUGCACGACGUGCAAGGCUGAGUGAUUUCCGAGAACAGCUGCUGGAUGAUGAUCGUAAAGUGGUGCCGCAGCCAGCGGUGUCAUUGGGUGAUGUGAAGCGCCGGUUGAGUGGAAUCCAUGUCUUGGGACAGAUGAAGGUGAAAGAUCAACCCAGGAGGAAAGCUGGCUUUAGGUGGCGCGGAAUGACUUUGUUCUUCCGAGAGGACAAGGGCCCCCCGCCGAAGAAGAAUGGCCAAUUGUUCCCAACAAAGAUUCAGCUCCCGACCGGUGUGUACGAGGUGAUGCUCACCUGGGAAGAAAGGCGGGAGUUUGAAUUGCAGUACGUCCAAGACGUGAAGGAUGUGCUGGUCGCAGAGGUGAUGCUGCAGAAAUUGAAGGCCAGUGGAAAGGAACUUGAUCCGAAGGCCUUCAACGAAGAAGAAAAGAGAGCUUUCGAUGCUUCGGACACACAGGAAUGGAAGCAGUGGCUGGACAACGGUGUGGUCCGAAAGCUGACACCGGCUGAAGCCGCGAAGGUUCCCCGGUGGGAAAUCUUCAAGAGCCCACUAAGAUGGGUGAGAACCAAUAAGACAGGCAACCUGCUGUUGCCGCUGGUUGCAAAGAGCCGUUUGGUGAUCCCUGGACAUUUAGAUCCUCAGCUGGGAUCUUUCAGAGCUGACAGCCCUACGGUGUCGCUGCAAGGUGUGCGACUUACCAAGGCCGUUGCCCAGAGAAAUGGGUGGACCACGGACAGCUUCGAUGUCACGACAGCGUUCUUGAGUGGAGAGAAGACAUCAAGACGUAUCCAUGUGAGGUCACCUGAUGGUGGACUGCCGGCUGUGCCGGGGAUCUCACCAGCCAUCAAGGCAGGCGAAUUGCUACAGGUGAUGAAAUCGGCCUAUGGCCUCACCGAGGCACCUCGCCUUUGGUACCUGAAGGCGGUGAAGGAGCUGGAGACAACGCCACUCAAGGAAUUGAGUGUGGCGCGUUCGACCUUUGUCGCCAGCGAGAAAGGCAAGGUGUGGGCGAUCCUAUGCCUGCAUGUGGACGAUGGCCUUUUGACUGGCCGAGCGGAUGAUCCGCGCUACUUAAAGUUGAAGGAAGAAAUCAACACCAGGUUUCGAAUCAAAGAAUGGAAGAAACCACCCAUGACCUUCUUGGGUGUUGGUGUUCGAUACGGUGACAAGCCUGGGAUAUAUGAUGACAUGUCUUCUUACAUCAAGGAGAUCAGGCUUCCUGAGGUGGACACUCGUACGAUGUCCGGAAGACUGAAUGAGAAGCAGACCACGGCAUACCGACAACUGACCAUGAGGUUGCGUUGGCCGGCAUUAAUGCAGACUAUGCCACAUCGCCUGUACGAGGUGAGCCGCCUGGCACAGAGAGUGACGAAGGCGACCAAGGAGGACUAUUGUGAGGCAUUGAAGCUUCACGGAAAAUUCCUGGAAGAAGCACAGCAAGGCCGUGCCUGCUUGCAUUUUCCGCCCCUUGGGAAGGAGAAGCUCUGCCUGGUGACAUAUUUUGAUGCUUCUCUUGGAAAGGAAGAAGAUGGCAAGUCCCAGCUUGGGUCAAUUCACUUCCUGACCACGGUCAAGGUCAAGGAAGGGCCAACUGAGGCCACAGUGAUUGACUUCACCACCACCAAAAGCUCACGCGUGGUGAGGAGCUCUAUGGCAGCAGAAAGCUGCUCACUGAGCCAAGCCAUCGAUCGCCAUCUAUAUCUGAGAUUAUUACUCGACAUGCUGACGAGGGGUUCUUAUCCUAUCACUCCAAACUGGAGGAAGGAAAUGAACAUUGAAGGAGUGGUCAUCACCGAUGCCAAAUCGGUAUAUGAUCACAUGCAGACGACAGGUCAAAUUCCACAAGAGAGACAAACAAUGUUGGAUCUCUUGGUGGCAAAGGACCAGUUGGAACAGCAAGUUUUCCAACUUAUGUGGGUCCCUACCCAUCGUCAACAUGCGGACGGUCUUACGAAACGCAUACGAAAUGUUUUGUGGGAAGAAUUCGUCCGGACAGGUAAGAUCUCUCUGCGAGAGACACCUGAAGAAAAGGUGCCAGAAGAGCACCGACGGAAGAUCCGUCAAGGUCAACGGCAGCGCCGCAAGGAGAAGUUUGCAAAGACAACCUCUCCGACUGUCAGUGGCAGCGCCACCAGUUCAAAGUCGCAGCGUGGUUGCACCACCCGACGAAGCACAAAGAGUGGCCGCGCCACCUAA